AUGACAACACCGUCGCCUGCGACUCGAACGUCGCGAUAUCCGCGCGCGAACCCGCCCACCCCGAGCCCUGCCAGCUCGUCGGUAGCAGACUUCCUCAGCCCCGACCGCAACUCUGAGACCAACCACAAAGAUGCCCUCGCCGCUGCCGCCGCCGAGCAUGACAGGAUUCGCGCAAAAGCGAUUCACACCCUCUACGUUCACGAGCAGAACCUGCAAAGGGAGCAGUUGCUUGAGCAAGCGCGGCAACAACGAGAACGAGCGAGGGUGGAGGAAGCGAACGCUUUAGCUGCGCAAGAGAAGAUCAAGGCCGAGGAAGCACGAUUGCGCGCAGAGCAGGCCGCGCGCGAGGAGCAGGAACGGUUAAGAGAGAUUGCUGCAAAGAAGAUUCCACCACUACCACCUCUCCCGACACCUAAAAUUGAGCAGCAACCUACAGCCUCACAACCUCAAGCCUCGGUUCCCUCAGCAUCUACGACCGCUCAGCAGGCUCCUGCGGCGCCAGCGAAGCCAAGCCCAUCCCCUCAAUCUUCACUGCAACCGCUGGCACAAGGAAGAGCCGUUGCUGCGACAGUCAAUGGCAGCGCGACGCUCAAACCACCGAUUUCCAAUGCCUUUGCCGCUCCAAGUCCCACUCCUGCGCCCGCGCCUAAGACCACGACCGCGCCUACACCCACGCCCGCGCCUCACGAUGCGAAGCGGCAGCGCGCCACUGAAAUCCACAAAAGUCUCAAACAACUCCGUGCAGCCAUGGCCUCGCAAGCCUCGCAGAACAAAGCUCUGAAAUCGAGAUCUGGAGAUCUCCGGAGAGAACUUCGGAAGGUCAUUGGCCAACUGUCACUCGACAAGGAUGGCAAUAAAGUAGUCAUGCAAAAGGUUACCAAAAUCCUCAAAGAAGCACUAGCAAAUGAGGUCGGCAGCCCGAUGGUCGAUCCCAGCCUGGUAGUGUUUUCUCCACGACAGCCUGUUGAGGGCGCUAUGCAUAAUGCUGAGCUGCCAUUACUAUUUUUAUUCCUCCUCAACCACUUGGCCAAGGCCAUCAUCAACCAGUUUAUUAAUGAAGCUGCGACGAACACGAAGACCGCGGACCCAAUCGGAGUUUGCGCCGCUGCCAUAUUUUCAGAUCCAACCUUCCAAUGGCGGGGACAGCCACUUAUUGAUAUACUCAUGGCAAAGAUUUACGUUGUCUGCCCAGUACUCAUUGGCGCUAGAGGAUCCGAGAAGACGGACGCAGGAAGAGAUCUCGUGGGAUGGAAGCGCAGAGGGACCGCUUGGGUCCCUGAAGCCGAGCACAUGGACAGGAUGACUGGGCUCGCCGCAGGAUACGCAGCGAUUGCCUUGAGAGACUUUUCAAAAACAAAGAAGCAGAAUCCGUACCCCAUGACGCACUACUGGGAGUCGAUGGCCAAAAUAGUCAACACGCCGCCCCAACAGAUGUCAGUGACGCAGUGCGUUGUCUUGAGGUCCAUGAUUGACCAUCAUGAGGCGAGAUUCCUGCAGUUUUACGGAUCGGCAGCUAUCGCAGCACUGCGACUAGCACUUGUGGACUUCCCUGCGGCGGCGACGGCUGCAGGCUUGAAAAACAACGCGGUACAGUCUCUGGCAGUGCAUGCAGAACUGCUGAAGACCAAAGUUGGAUUGAACCUGGCGUGA